GGCGGUGGGUGGGAGCGGAGAGACCCACCGACAAGGGUUGCGCGGAGGUAGCGACCCACCGGCAGCGGGAUCGGGACGGGGACCGGUGCGGCGACCGCUUUUGCCGCCCGGUUGCGGUGAGGACAAUGGCCAGCCCAGAGGACGAUCUCAUCGGCAUCCCCUUCCCUGAGCACAGCAGCGAGCUGCUGAGCUGCCUGAAUGAGCAACGGCAGCUGGGGCUGCUCUGCGACGUCACCAUCAAGACACAAGGGCUGGAGUACCGCACCCACCGAGCUGUCCUGGCCGCCUCCAGCCGCUAUUUCAAGAAGCUCUUCGCAGGGCCGGGGCCAGGGCAGGAGGUCUGCGAGCUGGACUUUGUGGGGCCAGAGGCGCUGGGUGCGCUGCUGGAGUUUGCUUACACAGCCACGCUGACCAUAAGCAGCGCCAACAUGGGCGAGGUGCUGCGUGCCGCCCGGCUGCUGGAGAUCCCCUGUGUCAUCGCUGCCUGCGUGGAGAUCCUGCAGGGCAGCGGGCUGGAGGCGCCUGGCCCCGACGAUGGCGACUGCGAGCGCGCCCGCCGCUACCUGGAGGCUUUCUCCACCCUCCCCGAGGGUGAGGUGCCUGCCCCCGGGCCCCCCCGCCCCACUCCACGCCGCAGCAAGAAGACCCGCAAGUUCCUGCAAGCCCGAGGUGCCCGUCUCAACAACCACGCCGAGGAGCCGCCCGCUGAGGCCGAGGGCUCCAGCAGCCCCCCGCCGCCCGCCCAGCUGCCCUCGCCCCCUCUGCCCGACGGGCUGCCCCUGCCCUACGACAGCUUCGAGCUGCCUGAGGAGGAGGAGCUGCCCCCACACUCCUUCCCCUUCCCCUCAGCCCCCCUGUCCCCUGAGGAGGCUGCUUCUGAUGAUGACGCCAUCGACCCCGACCUUAUGGCGUAUCUGAGCUCGCUGCACCACGAGUCGCUGGCGCCUGGGCUGGACAGCCCUGACAAGCUGGUGCGCAAACGCCGCUCGCAGAUGCCCCAGGAGUGCCCUGUCUGCCACAAGGUCAUCCAUGGCGCCGGCAAGCUGCCCCGCCACAUGCGCACGCAUACGGGCGAGAAGCCCUUCGCCUGCCAGGUCUGCGGAGUCCGAUUCACACGGUGAGUGCUGCUGGGUGGGCUCUCCCCACCUGACGUGUACCAAAUGACAUCCCCUGUGGCACUCCCCUGCCAGUCCUACCGGGAUCUAGCCUCAGGCCUGGCAUGGUUCAUGGGGUCUUCUGCAUCCUCUGGGUGCUGCUGGACCAAACUGGGGUAGCUGAUGGCAUACUGCACAGCACCCCUCUGCCAGUCCUGCCAGUGAAGUGCAGAUUCAGAGGGUCUUCUGCACCCCAUGAGUGCUCUGGACCAACACAGGGUACCCAGUGGCAUCCUCCAUGCAAAUUCUGCUGUGGUGCAGUGGGGUUAUGGGGCCUUCUGCAUCUCAUGAGUGCUGCAGGACUGACCUAAGGUACCCAGUAGCAUCCCUUGUAGUGCCCCUCUGCCAUACCUGCUGGUGAAGUCAUGUCAAUGGGCUGUUCUGUGCUCUGAGUGCUGCUAGAUCAAACAAGGCCUGAUACAUGGCCUGGCACUCAUAACAUCUCAUCUGCCAACCCCGGCAUGGUUGUGGUGCAGGUCUAGGGGAGUCUCCCACACUAUGUAAAGGCUGCCAGAACAGCCUGGGGUACCCAGCAGCAUCCCUGCUGCCAGCAGCCAGCUGCAUCUCAGCCAUGCAGCUGUACCAUGGUCCCAUGCUCUGUUAAGCACCCAGACCCUUGUGCC